AUGGCACCCUCACCACUCCAGCAGAGAAGAACACAUAACACGCUUCUCUUUCAGAAGUUGCUGAGUCUAAGAGAUGGAGCGAGUCCGUUUACGUUGGUGCUGGAUACGUUGGAGCAGGGUGGUGGGUGUGUGGUCAUGGAAUUUGUGAGGCGGGCAAAGAUCUCCAAAUCUAAAAUAAUCUUUAUAUCCUACGCAACCCUGCGCAAAAAACUCUCUUUCGACCCCGAUAUCUUCCUCUCCGCCCGCUCGAAACCUCUCUCUACACUACGAACGGAGAUCCUCUCUCACCUCCCGCUUCCCCCAUCAGCUACAAAUACCAGUCCAACAAAAACACUCAUAAUAAUCGACACUCUAACAAACUUAUCAACAACCCACCUCGCGCACCUCCCAGCCUUCCUCUCCUCCCUGCUCACAUCCUCCACAACCUCCCUCCUCUGCACCCUACACACGGACAUCCCGCUCCCCUCCCCAUCAACCCCCUACUCCGCCGAUGCACUUAUAACGCUCACGCACCUCGCCACGGCCAUCUUAAGCGUAUCGUCGUUCGCGCAUGUGCUGGCGCGCAAGAUGGCAAGGGAUAAGAGUGUGCAGGAGCCUGUGUUUGGGCUGUGGGAGAAGCGAGAAGGCGUGCUUGUGGGGUUAAGGGGCGAGGGGGAGAGUGGUGCUGCUGCUGUAGUAGUGAGGAUGGAGGUGCGGAGGAGGAGUGGACGGGGGGUACUGGAGGAUUUCGUGCUCUUGCCACCAUCUAUCUCUCCCACUGCCUCUCCCCCUUCCUCUCUACAUCAGCCCCCCAAUGCAAAUACAACUCCCAAAGACAAACUCUCAACAACCCUCCUCCUCGACGAACACCCCCUCUACACAUCUACGCCCCUCAUUCCCACCCAAUCCACAAUAAACACAAACACAGAAAACGAAACCGACGACGUAGAAACGACAUUCAGUCUCGGUCUAACAGAGAAGCAGAAACGCGAUCGUGAGGCUGUCGUGCUGCCGUAUUUUGAUGCGCAGAAGGAGGGAGGGGGUAAUAUGGAGGGGGGACGUAUUUUGUAUGAUAUGGGGGCUGAGGAUCGGGAGGACUUUGAUGAUGAGGAGGAUGAGAUUUGA